CGUCGCUUUCCUCCACCACGGUGUCGUGCCCACCUCCACCUGCUCCCUCCCUUUCCCCUCCUUAAAGCAUCUACCUGGAAACCCUAGUCCGCCUCUCCCUCCCUCGCGCCGCCAUCUUCUUCUUUCUCCCUGUUUCGUUUUCUUCAACCACCAGAGAAACACCCACAGUAACGCACCAUGUCGCCAUGGCGCCGACGCGGUAGGCCGCCCCUCGCCAAGCUGAAGCCACCAGAAGAUGCGCCGCGUCAUCCUCUCCAUCCUCAUGCAAGGAAUCGAGCCAAGACCCCGUUAAUCGAGCUCAAGAUCGCCGAUACCCAAGUCCGGCAGCCGGUGCACCCCCGACGCCAGCUCCCUCGCCCCGGUUUGCUCCCAGACGCCGAAGCCAUCUUCAACCAGAGCUCCUUCACGAUGACCGCCAUGGCUGCACAGUUUCAUCUCCGCCACGGGUUGGUUCAAGUUGCCCCGCGCCCUAAUCUUGACACGAUCCGAACUAGUGGCACAGUGAUCCGGCGCUACUGGGCCUUGGCCCAUUUCUCUCCAGGUGUAGACGUCCCCGCGUGCAGCAUCCUGCUAUCCGUCGCCGUUUCGGCCAGCAUUUGCUUCUUCCCGGAUAGGAUCGCGAAGUGGUGUGGUGAGAUACGACAAGUCCUCCGGAUAUCCCUCGGAAAGCUUUAACAGGUAUGAAGAUAUGUUCGAUGAAGACGACGCUAGCAAGGUUACCCUUCCGGCUUGGCCUGGGCAGGGUUAUGGACGCCACUGAUUAUCUACAGGACUCUUAGUCCAAAUUUGUAUCUUGUCCGUACUCGGAUGUAUUUGAUCUUCUGUAUGAUUUGGAUCUUUGUAUGUAUCUAUUUGUAUCUUGACUCGUGGGAGUCGUUGUUGUAAUAUAUAUGUUUCUUGUGGGCUCUAUUGUAA